AACUAGUUGUCUCAAUAUCUAGAACUUCUGAGACUUCCAAGACUUCUGAACUACCCAAACUAGUAAUUGAUAAACCCGAAACUGACCCAAAGAGAAAUAAAUUACCUGAUCCAUCUGAAUUUAUUAAACCUACUAAUAAA